AUGUUAUUUUUAUCAAAUUUGAAAGAUAAGUAUAGACUAUUGUUUAACAUAAUGGCAACACGAAGAACUAAAAGCAACUAUAGAAUAGAACCUUAUCGCACGGUCCCAUUAGGACCAAAAAACUUAAAUGUACGAUCAGCCGGGUUGGGAACGCUUGGAAGGUCGACAAUCGACGUGAGAUCCCAUUCGACCAACCAGGGCAUGGUUUUCGUGAAGAAAUUUGGCCAACACAUGUUGAAAAACCCAGGAGUCCUCGAUAAACUAGUACAAGCCGCUGAGAUCAGAACCACGGAUACAGUAUUAGAGAUUGGACCAGGAACUGGAAAUAUAACAGUUAGACUGGUGCCACUGGCCAGGAAGGUCAUAGCAGUCGAUAUUGAUGCACGCAUGAUCGGAGAAGUGAAGAAGCGCUGCCUGCAGAUGGGCUACAGUAACCUGGAAGUGAUAGAGGCGGACGCGCUGAGGACCAAUUUCCCAAAGUUCGACGUCUGUGUUGCCAACUUGCCGUACCAAAUCUCAAGCCCCUUCAUCUUUAAGAUUCUAUCGCACAGGCCGCUGUUCAGAAGCGCAAUCAUCAUCUUCCAGCGAGAAUUCGCAGAAAGACUGCUCGCGUCACCAAACGACGAUAAAUAUGGCAGACUGGCCAUAAACACUCGCCUGUUCUGCACAGUGACGAGAGUGUGUAAGGUGGCUCCAGGUAGAAGUUUCAACCCACCGCCGAAGGUUGAAAGUAUGAUUGUGAAGAUAGUGCCGAGGGAAGAGCCUCUCGUUGUUGACUUUGGCGAGUGGGAUGGAAUGAUAAGGGUCUGUUUUUCGAGGAAAAGGAGGACCCUGAGGAGCCUGUUUAAGAAGCAGUCAGUACUAUCAAUCCUGGAAUCUAAUUAUAAGUCGUGGUGUACAAUAAACAACCAAAUACCGACAGAGAGGCCUUUCAAAGACUUUUGCAUGGAGGUACUGGAGAACAGCGGACUAUCGGAGCGAAGAAGCAUAACCGUGAGCAUUGCAGACUUUUUGAAACUGCUCCUGGCGUUCAACGAAGUGGGAAUCCACUUUUGCAACAUUGCAAAACCGGUGAAGAACGACGCAAUGCCCAACUUCCUGUUCGAGGAUGACGUUGAGAUGGACGACUGA